AUGGGCAUCGAAUGGACCAUAUGGAUGGACAUCCGCAGAUUUAUGUUUCACCAAGUGCGUGACUGCGUCGAGGAUGGCACUCAUUUUGAGGUGAGCAAAUGCUGGUUUGAACUUAGGGCUGUAUUUGUAAGAAAUGGCAAUUUUGUAGGUCUGAAAGACUUUUCCAACUGGACUCAACUCAAUUGCAUCCACCUCUUCCUCCCCGAAACGAAGUUUUGUAUUAAUCUUUCCAUACUACAUUGGCAAGCCGUUGUUAUCCGUUCUCACAAGGGUUUGUCGAAUCAGCAGUGCGAGUUUGGAUACAUCAAUAGUGACAUUGCGCAGCGAUGA